GGGGCCGAACCGCUCUGCUCUUUGCAGGCUUCUUCUUCAUGAUGUUACUCCCCCUCCAGCUGCUUGCUUUCAUCUGAAAAUUUCUCUCUCUAUAAAAUAUUCCCUCAGAUCUCUGAAUUUACUGUUCCUUUCCCUCAUCCCUCUCUCUUCUGGUUUUUGGAGUCGAGGAAUGGUCGAAUUAGGGUUUCGAAGAGCUACAUUCCUGUGGGCUUGAAUUCUGGGUUUUGGAGGUGUUAGGGUAUCUGCCUUAGCAGCUGCGGCAUGGGGAAAUCUCCAGGGAAAUGGAUCAAGACGGUUCUGUUCGGGAAGAAAUCUUCCAGAUCUGGAGCAUCGAAAGGAAGAGAGGCUUUGAGAACAACAAAUGCAAAAGAGGUAUGGAUUACGGGAAAGGCACCACCGGCUGAGGUGGCUGUGGAAUCUCCCGUGAUUUCACAGCCAGUACCUGUAGCCACUGAUAAAAAUGGAGGGAACUCUGCGUUAGAAAAGGGGGUAACUUCCAAUGUAACAUGUGAUGGGGGAGUCUCAAUGCCUGUAGAUCAAGCUGCAGAAAAUCAAGGAGCCGUUCGAUCUGAUGCAUCAAACGACUUGGUGAAAUUCAAAGAAGAGCAAGCGGCUAUAAAAGCACAAGCGGCUUUUAGGGGUUAUCUGGCUCGUCGGGCAUUCCGAGCACUUAAGGGCAUCAUAAGGCUGCAGGCUCUAAUUCGUGGGCACCUGGUGAGGAGGCAAGCUGUUGCAACUUUACACUGUUUGCAGGGAAUUGUAAAGCUACAGGCAUUGGUUCGUGGUCAAAGUGUGAGGUGUUCUGAUAUUGGGGUUGAAAUACAGAAAAAAUGUCAUCAGGACAAGCCUAUGGAUGCCAAGCUGUUGGAUUCUUUGGGGGUAAAUACGUCAACUCAAAUGGAGAACCUGCUGUCAAAUGCAUUUGUUAGUAAGCUUCUUUCUCCACAGCCUGUGGCCAUGCCUCUGCAAAUCCAGUAUGGUCAGGGUGAACCGAAUUCAGCUUGGAACUGGCUAGAACGGUGGUCAUCCACAUUUUCUCGGGACGCGCUUUCACAAACAAAGAAGACUGCUUCAAAAUCUCAGACAAAGCAGGGUGGUUCUCAUGCUGUAGAAACGGAGUCCGGACGGCCAAAGCGCAGUGUCCGGAGGAAUCCUGCUGCAAACAUAGACUCUAGCUCAACCAAUUCCCCGUCUGAUUUGGAAAAACCAAAACGAAACCUUAGAAAAGUCACAAGCCAUCCCAUAGAUUCAGCUCAGGAAAAUCCACAAAAUGAGCUUGAAAAGGUUAAACGUAAUUUGAGAAAGGUUUCUUCAUCUACGUCUGAGGUCUCUGAACGGGUGGAGACUGAAAAUGAGAAACCAAAGCGUAGUGUGAGAAAGGUUACAAGCUCUCCAUCCGAUGUUCCAGAUCAGGGUAUAGUGGAUUCUGUGGAGAAGAUGAAGAAAGAUACAGCAGUGGCUUCAGAGAAUCACCCUGAGGCGGAAACUGCUUCAAAACCGGUGGAAACUGCUUCAAAACUGGUGGAAACAGAUGCACCCCCAGUCGACAUGUUACAUGAUGAUCAUCCGGCUGUCGAGUUACCUCCAUUAGAGACCAGUGGGAAAGAUGGCAAUAUAUCUCCAAUGAACGGGGAGCUAACCACCAAGGAAGAUCAAACACGCCAUGAGAACCAGAAAACCACUAAGAGGAGGGCUUCUUUCCCAGCGAAGCCAGAGUAUCCAGAGAAUGAUUUACAGAAUACUCCAACUUUACCGAGCUACAUGGCGGCAACUGAAUCUGCAAAGGCAAAGUUACGAGCACAAAGCUCACCAAAGUUUGGCCAAGAUGGGACUGAGAAAAAUGGCUUCACCAGGCGACAUUCUCUACCAUCUGCCACCAAUGGGAAAGUCAGCUCACCUUCGAUAAGGGCACAGAGACUUGUUCAAGCAAGUGGUAAAGGGGCCGUCAGAAGCGACAGAUCACUUUCUUCAAGAGAUGGAAAUGAAAAGGUGAUCCAGGCAGAGUGGAGGAGGUGAUUAUGAUGAAAAUGGGAAUUCCAGGGCAUGCCUCUCAGAGAUGAGGUAAGGCGCUACUAUUUGUCUGCAGUUCGCCAUUUCUUUCUUUUGUGGUGUAAAAUUCUGCUGUAAAACCUGAACCUGGGCCUGAUGAAUAACAGCGGUGUGGUGUGCUUAGAGAGCCUCUACUUUCUUCCUAGGGUUUGGGGUGUGUUGUUUGUGAUGUAUAGCUAUUGUCUUUUAGCCGUUGGUUUGGUUUAAUUUAGGCCAUGUUGCUAUACACCCUUUGUUUUUUUCUUUACUUGUUUUCUGAUGGAGUUGACAAAUGUGAGAAUCCUAUAAUCAUGGGGCUUGACAUUAUCUCUCAAAUUCUUAAUAUCUUUGAUUCAGGUUUAA